CCUACCACGAUGCAACAAUCUGAAGCAGCAUGCCAACGGACUGAUGUCCCUACCACGAUGCAACAAUCUGAAGAAGCCUGCCAAUUGCAACGGACUGAUGCUACCACAACGCAACAGGAGUAUGUACCCAACCCCUCAGCUGCAACAGAUUCCCCACAACGAACUGGAACCAUCGGAAACAUCGGCACAGUCAGCGGUUACAGCCCUAUCAUUGUUGGUUCAAACGCGGUUAAUAUCACUUACAGCUUCCCGUUGGAAGGACCAGGAGUGCCUGCACCUAGACCUCAGCAUAGUCAGAGACCAGACCAAGAACCAAGGUUGACGGAUCCCUGCCAAGAAGCUGGUAACAAGACUAGGGACAUUUUGAAAGGAGUUUAUACAACAACAGGCAGCUACGUGCAGUUGUUGCCUGGGGUUGAUAAUGACCAAAUGCACAUAGCUGGUAUAUACACUAAAGUACAGUUAGAAACGCUGGAAGGGGUAGCAGUUGUAACUGGCCAGAAAGGAGAAUCUGUAAACUCAACAGAGUAUGCAAAAAUAUUCAGAUUAAGGACAAAAACUGGGGAACUCAUCGAACGCCUCAUUUUCUUUGGUAUGGGAGGAGUCGGGAAGUCAACCAUUUUUGAUAAGAUUGCAUUUGAUUGGACUGAGGGGGAAAACGAAUUCCUUAAAAGAUUCAAGCUUGUCUUUCUUUUAAAGAUGUGUGCUCUGUUCCAGGAAUCCGAUCUUGUUGAUUCCAUUUUAGAUCAACUUAUAGACGAAGAUUCGGGAAUAGCAAAAGAUCAGCUUGAUAAAUUCAUCCGAGCCAACCAAAAUGAGGUCUUGGUUCUUUUGGAUGGGUUUGAUGAAAUGGAGACCAAAACACUCGAUGCAGACUCAUUCGGUUCUAUCCUAAAAGCACUCAAUAGAAGAAAAUACCGUCAAUGUUGCAUCUGUGUAUCAACGCGCCCCUCUCGUCUUGAGACACUGAUGUCAACAUCACUUGUCCAAAAUCCUUGCACACACGUGGAGGUUCUGGGGUUUACCGACGACGAUGUUAAGGAAUACGUUCGGAAAUUCUAUGAAAAAACGGAUCUUGAUAUUGGCAAAGCACUAAUCCAAACCAUCGGAAAGUCAAACACGCUGCGUGAUUUUGCUACAAAUCCGAUGUUGCUACUUCUUAUGUGCUUAUUGUGGAGGGAGAGUCAACAACUCCCAGAAACAACUUCACGCCUCUUCGCUAAGGCAGUUAAUUACAUGUUCACAAGAAAAGGCGAAGUCAAGAAGAGAGUUCCGGAUCCAAACGUAUCAAAAACAUUGAAUGCAAUUGGACAAACUGCGCUUCGUGGACUCAUGGAUGCCAACCAGAAAUUCUCAUUUCAAAAAGACGAGUUUGAACCAAAGUCACUGGACUUAGCACUAAAAGCGGGCAUCCUAACACAGCAGAGAGUUAUCAAAAAUCUUGAAUCCCACAACAAUAUACAGUUCAUGCACAGGACCAUGCAGGAAUACUGUGCUGCGAGAUACUUACUGAGUACACGUAUGUCGAACCAGGGACUUUUAAAGCGUAUGUUGUGCAAAGUUGUACCAUCUCAAAAAUUUGAAAACACUUUAGGGCAACUUUGUCAGACAAUUGACGGCGUCGUUUCAAAUGAGUUUCUCGUUCGUUUUUGUUGUGGUGACAAUGAGAAGUGCAUGACGGACAUCGUAAACUUGCUUGACCGUAAGUUCAAUAAAGAUGAGUCCAGGUACCAAUCAGAUAUAGUGCAGGCGAUAUGUCGAAACUGCUUCUUUGAAAGCCAAUCAGCAAGGGCCCCACGGUGUCUCACCAGCGACUCGCAUAUCCCAUCAAAUAUCACUGUGGGUAACAGUAAUGAAUUUCGCAGUCUCACAUACCUUCUUGAAGUCAUCUGUAGGUCAGACAGCCGCACAGAACAACUGGCACGCGUUGAGACUAUUCAGGUUUUUCGCGUGACUCGAUAUCCGGUCAGUGAUUUAGCUGUCGCCCUGGGUUACAUGGAAAACCUCAAGGAUUUGAGGCUUAAGCAAUGUCAUUUAGCGAAGGGCGAUCUUGAGAAAACCACGUCGUCGGUAUGCAGCCAAAGCUUGACCCGUCUUGACAUAGAGGAUGACAAUACACUGGGAGGUAGAGCUGUAGAGUGGGCCCCUCAUAUCAAACACUUGGCAAGCCUAGAAAAACUUCAAAUAAAAAGCUGCGAACUACAGGGAACAGAUAUUAAACACAUAGCUUUGGCUGUAGGUGACAUGCCAAAUCUGACUGACUUGAUCCUUGAUGAAAACCAGACAUUGAGCGGAUCGGCUGACUCGUGGAACAAAGAAAUGCCGACUCCAAUAACGCAGCACUUAAAAAGGCUGAACCUCAGCAAAUGCAAUUUGACGUGGAAAGACUUUGAAUACAUUGCCUCGGCUGUAGGUGACAUGUCCAACCUGACUGACUUGAUCCUGUAUGGCAACCGCCGAUUGGGCGGAUCGGCUGGGUCUGCCAAGCAAUUGCCGAAAAUGACGCACUUAAGGAGGCUGGACCUGGGCGGCUCCAAUUUGGAAACGACAGACAUUGAACACAUUGCCUCGGCUGUAGGUGACAUGCCCGAACUAACUGACUUGGGUCUUACUUUCAACGGGACAUUGGCCUCCUCGGCUUUGUUGUGGGCCAAGGAACUGCCAAAAAUGAAACACUUAAAUAGGCUGGACCUGACCUAUUGCCAUUUGAAUGAGACGGACAUGAAACACAUUGCCGCGGCUGUACGUGACAUGCGCGGACUGACAGACUUGAACCUUAACGGCAACUGGGUAUUUUUUGAUUUGGAUGGGUUAUUGUCCAACUUUCCGUCGCUCCGGGGUCACGUGAAAACUUAA